UUCAGAUAAUUCCGUAAAUUACAACUGCUACGUAGGGGAUUUCCUGAUGGUGAGGAGAUUUGAUCCAUUAAUCGACAUUGAGACGAGCGCUCCAAAUUGUGAAAUGCCACUUGGGUUUCGGUCCCUCGAUGCAUCUUCUUCACUUCAGCAAUGCCUUAAGCAAUCCUGCCUCGUCAAUGGUGCUAAUGUCAUUUUUUACAAUGCUGCUCAAACGAGGUGUGAAAUUUAUAGAUGCAACUCGAACUCGGAUGGCUCAGACUGGGACUACAAUUGGGAAGUACGGCAUACAGUGAUGAAUGAUUCUACAGGAGUUACGUACGCCCGACCACGUCCAAAAUUGUUUAAAUGUUAUAACUCAUAUUUCGUAAGACGAACUUGGAGAACUGGAGUUGGUUUGAAGUCAAAUUGCUAUCGCAUUGAUAUGGUAAACGUUCAGAAUUUAAAAGAAUGUAUGGAAAAGUCCUGCGACCAUAAAGCAAAUGUGUUCAACUUUGUGGAUGCAACUGAACAUAUGCCGACCACUUGUGAAAUGACACAUUGUAAAUGGAGCUUACCUGAAAACGAUUAUGAUUUAAACCUAGUUGAAAACAAUAUUUAUAGUUCUACCGUUUUCAGUCUUGGUCACACCACCAAGCCUUUCUAUAAUUUAAGCAUGGAACAAUCAGUUGCGUUGUCUAUAAAGUCUCACCAUACACCACCAAAAUGUAAUGACGCGGAGAGCUCCUUCAAAACUAAAAGCGAAGUGAUUCCCAACUCUUUGCACGAAGCGGGAUUCAAUUCCAUUCAGUUUUUAGCCAGAGAAAACAAAUUUAUCGCAUUUAAAUGCAGAAGUAAUAGCGAAGGUACCAAGUGGAAAUACUAUGAAAACAAUUUUUGCGAUAGUGAGAUGAACGAAUUUAAAUGGUGGAAUGCUCCAUAUCCUGGUACACCGAAUUGUGAAAACGAGAUUUUUACACAAAUAAGUGCAGGACCACAGUGUAAAAUAUCAGCUUGUAGAGAUUCUUUCAGAGUUAACGAGGCACGGGAUUUGAGACAAUGUAUGAUCUAUGCAUGUGAGAGGGGAUACAAUGUCAUCAAUUACUACAACAGCAAACAACUUGAUGAUGUUAUAUGCGAACUAAGAAGAUGUCCGAAAUCUGAAAACGGGAACUAUAUUUAUAACUUCGAGUACGCAAAGGCAUAUGCUGAUUAUAGCAUUUAUGCAUUAAUUUCAGAUCCGACUUUGGCUCCAAAUCCGAAGCCUCAUCCGAUUUCAACAGCAACACCAACCGACGUCCCUCUCGUUGAAACAAUAGGGAUCGCGGCACCACUUGGAUUGGUUUUUUGUAUUAUUUUAGUAUGUAUAAUAGUUAAGAUUUACUGCAGGUAUAGACAUCGACGUAAGAAAGAAUAUACGACAGUGAACAGUGAUGAUGAUUAAGAUAAACGACUGCUGAUUUUGCAAAAUAAUUUAAAUCCUCCCCUAUAUUUCAACGACAAAAGAAUAGCUCAAGGAUAUUCUCAAAUGUUUAUGAAUAUUUAAUACCAAGUCAAGUAGUGAUUGUUUAUAAACAACUAACUGACGUCUAGGUAAAGGUAAAAUCCCUUUAUGUAUCAUUACCUGCUACACUUCUGCCGGAAAGUUGCAAGAAAUAACUUUUGGCAAUGCAAUAUUUAGGAGUAACCUAGUUGGUGUUAGAAAAUAUAAGGUGAUGGGCUUUAAAGUGGUAAAAACAAUUUUCACAGCCGAAUUCAAGUAAUAAAUGAAUAACAUUAUCAAGUAACAAUUAAAUUUUAAAUGCAUUGAUUUGCUUCCUAUUGAUACGGGUUUUUAACUGCAUGCUGCAA